AAGCAAACAUAUUUAUUGACUUAAUAUUCCAAACGGAUAUGACUUUAAUAAAUAAAAUUAAAUAUAAUUUAAAUUCGUUUAUUCAAUAAUGACCAUAUUGUCAGUUCAGAGUUUGCUUUUAAUCAGGGUGACAAUGCUUAAUUUCUUAAUAGGUUUUUUUGUGUUACCUCUUGUAGUUCUUAAGCUAUGGUUAAAAAUCAAAACUAAGACAUGUUUGAGCAAGACUUCGCUUGUUGGAAAAACGGCCAUCGUGACUGGGGCUAAUUCAGGUAUUGGUUAUGAGACAGCUCUAGACUUCGCAACUAGAGGAGCUAGAGUAAUUCUAGCUUGCAGAGACCAAACUAGAGCGGAACAUGCAAAACAAAAAAUAAUAGAGUUAACCAGCAAUCCAAAUAUCAUCGUAAAAUUAAUUGAUAUGUCUUCUUUGGAGUCUGUGAGAAACUUUGCUGAAGAAAUUAAAAGGACAGAAGAAAAGUUGGACAUUUUGGUAAACAAUGCUGGAUCUGCUGGAAUAAAGAAUAAAUUGACCAAAGAUGGUUUGCAAAUUUUGAUGCAGGUUAAUUAUUUUGGACCGUUUUUGCUUACUGUACUUUUAAUAGAUUUGCUGAAAAAAUCCGCACCAAGCAGAAUUGUGAAUGUUUCUUCUUUAAUGGCAAAAUUCGCAAAGUUAGAUCCAAAUGAUUUGAAUAAAUUCAGUGGGCAUAAAGCAGCAUAUCAAAAUUCCAAGAUUUGCAAUAUACUUUUUACCAAGGAAUUAGCAAGAAGAGUUAAAGAGUUUAAUAUUUCUGUAUAUUCCAUACAUCCUGGAGCAGUUCAAACUAAUAUUUUUAAAGUUAUUACUACAACCCAUUGGAGGGUGCUUUUGAAUUUUUUCUAUAAUUUCUACUUUAAGACAGCAGAAGAGGGUGCCCAAACGAUAAUACACACAGCUAUCGAAAAAAACAUUGAACACUUAUCAGGAGAACAUUUUCACGAAUGUGCCAAAGUUUCGCCUUAUAAAACUGUUGGUGAUUGGAGGCUUCAAGAACAAAUUUUCGAAGCCACUGAAGAAUUAGUAAAAUUAAGCCAGAUGAGAGAAUAAAAUAAUUGUAUU